AUGGAGGCACCUCGCGAGUCACGAACUGCUUCCUUUUACAAAGUCCCGCCUUUGCACCUCGUUAGCGUGGAACAUCCAGCCAUUCUGAGAUCCGCCAAGUCCGAUGUCUCAGUGAACUUGUCACUGCGGCCAGAAGAUGCUAUGUCACGAUCUAUCCCAUCAACAAGCUGUCCCUCGAACAAUGUUCUUCUGAAAGUCACGGUACCUAGACGGACGGGCCGUAAGCGCAGAAAGGGAACCAAUGAUCCUUUUGUGGACUCGUCGCCAGACUCAUCAGCGGCUUCCACGGGGCGUCGCAGUGCCAAAGAUAUCAUGCGCCGCUUGGAGGACAAUCCGUUGACAUAUGAGGUUGAAGCAGUUGGCAGAAUCGACAGGACGCAUGUCUUUCGAGGCAUGCCGGACUUUGUGUAUUCCACCACCAGAAGCGCCUUUGCGAACAGGUUCCGGGAACAAAUCCUCCCCUAUGACUUGGAGAAGAUGAAGCAAUUCGACCUCGAUAUGAGUAAAGGAGCGACAAUCGACGCGGAUCUGAUCCCGCCGCCUUCCUUAAGUCAAGUAGAAGUGCCUUUCCAGUACAUCUACCGCCAAAACCCAAUGGUCAAGAAAGCCAUUGGUCAAUCCGGCGAGGUCACGACGGUCAACAUUCAACAGGCCGCUCGUGUACGUACCCAUCUGGUUGCCUACGAUAUUCCGGAGGUUCCAACCCAGCCACAAGAGGGUCUCCCUCCGAUCGAAGGACUCGAAAGUGGUCUGCGCCAGAUGAUCCAACUGCUCGAGAAUCUCUUCGAACAACGUCCGGCGUGGACCCGUCGCGCGAUCCGCAACAAUCUCACCACAGACGAACAGCGCAAUUAUCUCCGUCACGCUGUGCCGUAUGUUGGCUACAUCUUCCGCUCUGGACCUUGGCGCGACGCCAUCAUCAAAUUAGGCCAUGAUCCUCGUACUUCACCCGCAUACCGUGAUUACCAGACGUUCAUGUUUCGCAUUCUUCCACGUGAGCCAGAACUUGCGCGUGAUGGCGGAGUGGGCCGUCGCAUCAAUCCCGCACGCAUCGUCAGCGAAGAUAAUCAACCGACGGCCGGAAUGGCGGACACACAUAUCUUUACAGGGAAUUUGCCUCUUCCGCGUGACGGCCGCAUCUGGAUGGCAUGUGAUAUUGCCGAUCCGAUUCUGAAAAACAUCUUAUACCCACCCAACCCACCGAAUAACUUCCUUCGACCGAGCUGUGAGAUCAUCACCGAUGGAUGGUUCGGCAACGGCACUCUGGCUAAAGUCAAGACCAUCAUGCGAUGUAAGAUCCAGACCCUGAUCGAGGACCGGCAGCCUCGCGAUGCCGAAUUUGCGCGUAUAGUGACCUUCCCGGAUCAUGCCUACACGGAAGAGGACCUGUCCCUGUUCACUGUCCCGCUCGAAGGGACGACCAGUCGGGAGGUGGCCAUGGCUACGGACGUGCGCGCAUCGAUCAAGGGAGCCCCGCUGUGGCGGAAGAUUCAUGAUCGGGGCCAUGGUGAUCUGGACGGAGAAAAAUUGGGACCUCUGCAGCGGCCGAGGGGGAAAACGAGAAAGGGGAAGACCGCAAUGACCUCUUCUAUGGAGCUGCCGGAAGACGAGGAUGGGACAGAAGAGUAUGGAGAGGGACCCGAGGAGACUGAGCAGCUUGUGAUCGAGGGAGGCAUGGGAAACGUCACUGACGCUGUCAUGGCCGAGGAUGGAAGUGAAGGCGAGGAGGAGGAGAUGGAGCGGGUGGCGUUGUGGGAACAACAAGCUGCUGCCGCGGUUCAGGCACGAGAGGCAGCGUUGGCAGAAGAGGAUGAAAAUGAUGAGAGUGAAGACGAUCUGUCAGAUGCAGAUGACUAG